GAAAAAGAACAUCGAUGGAGGAUCUGAAUUACAUCUUCUCCCAUCUCCUAUUCCUGAUCCUAAUCCUAGUUCAUAGUCAUCCCUCAUCAGCAUCAUCAUCAUCAUCAUCAUACAACUGCCCAACUUCCUUCUGUGGCGCUGGCGCAACUCCAUACUCUGUUCACUUUCCCUUUCGUAUGAUCGACCAACAAGCAGACGUGUGUGGCUAUCCGGGAUUCGAUCUUGAAUGUAACAGCCAAAACAGGGUGACAUUAAACCUUCCGAAUUCAGGAGAGUUUUUGGUACGAAACAUCGAUUAUGGAUCUCAAAUUGUGCAAGUUUAUGAUCCAUCAGGCUGUUCUGCCUCCAGGCUUUUGAGUUUGGACCUGUCGGGUUCACCAUUUUCAGUCUCCCCAAUCCGAAACUACACUCUUUUGAGCUGCCCGGUUGAGCUCACAACCUCCCGUUUCCCUACUGUCAGUUGCCUCAGCAAUUCUACAUAUUCUACUGUAGCCACUUCUUCUGUUAGUUUUGCUAUGUUAAUGGCUAACCGCAGCUCUUGCCAGAUCAUUGGUUCUUUAUGGAGUCCGGUGUCGAGGUAUCAAGGUCAAGAAGGGCUCACAUCGAACCUAAAUAUGGAUAUAUUUUUGACAUGGGAUUCGCCUAAUUGUCAAGAUUGUGUAACUCAGGGCGGGGCUUGUGGUUACACAAAUACCACUAUGGAAGAAGUUGCAUGCUUCGAUAUUACCAAAAAGGGAAGUAAAAAAGCAAUGGUGGCAUUAAUAAUGGUCUCCAUGGGCCUAGCUCUACCAGCGAUAGGAAUCUCCAUUGUGAUGAUAUACUACAUCUGCAUUGACUACAGAAGUGUAACCACGUGGAUUUCAAGAAACAAUGCAACAGCAGCUACCGCCAUGGUGACGCCAGAAACCACCACCGCCAUUAGCAGUUUGGUGGCGGGUCUGGAGCAGUCGACAAUAGAGUCGUACACAAAAGUGGUUUUAGGGGAAAGCAUGCGUCUUCCAGGAUAUGGAGAUGAAGAUGCAACAUGCUCGAUAUGCUUAUCUGAAUAUGAUGUUAAAGACAUGGUUAGAUGUAUACCAGAGUGUAGACAUUGCUUCCAUGCUGACUGUAUUGAUGAGUGGCUAAGGAUGAAAGGGAAUUGCCCUGUUUGCAGGAAUUCACCUUCUCCCCCUCCCUCACUUAUUAUAACAACUUAACAUAAUCAAUAUCUCAACUGAAACCAACAUCACAAGUUAAAAAAGAAUUGUAGGAUGGAUUAAAUUUAGGAAAUUAAAAUAUAACCAAUAUUUUGGUACAU